AUGAUAUUGAAACGACUUCGCGGAUUUACUAUUGCUGUUAGCAUUUUGGCGUUAGUUUCAAAUGGGCUUUCUGCUUGCCUUUUUCACAAAUUAUCGAGCGAUACCACCUAUCGAAGUUCGGAUAGCCUCGCAUUGUAUACAUAUUUUGCUGCAUUCAUUAGCGGAUUGGGUGUAUAUGGCUCCAUAAGACAACACGCCUACACAUUAUCAAUAUUCGCAAAUUUUUUUAUUUUAGACACCGUUGUUUCAGUAUUUUCGCGUUUUGUCCUGCUUUUUAUAUUUUCGACUUUCCGCGACCACCUCUGCGAUGCAGAAUCUCCUAGCUCAGGGCUACUUUCUUUAACAUUACCCCAUGGAACUUUCCACACAACCACGUUCAACCAUAUCAGCGAUAUUGUCGAAGCUGCAGGAGUAGAUGGGGUCGGCCUUGGGCCCCCGGUUCCUAAAUCGGAAGCAUGGGGCUGUUCGGAGAUGAUGCAAAUUUCUAUCAUGGUUGGGUGGAUCGGGCUCUUCACCUCAAUGUUGGUGCAGAUGUUUUUCGCCAUAAUGGAGGGCGGGAAAGGCUUCACAUCAGCUUGA